AUGUCACCACGUGCUUACUUGUCGCUCCCGGAAUUUGCAGACGACGAAGUGCGUCAGUGCCUGCUCUACGACUCGGCAGAGAAGAACGCUCGCCUGAUAGGCAUCGAGUACAUGGUGUCUCCGCGGAUAUACGAGUCGCUCCCCGCCGAGGAGCGCAAGCUGUGGCACUCGCACGUCUUCGAGGUAAAGUCUGGCAUGCUCGUCAUGCCCAAUGCACUGCCCGUUCCAGCGGCCGCCUGGGAGCUGGCCGAGAAGCGCGAGAUGGAGCAAGUCAUCGAGCUCUACGGAAAGGUCUACCACCUCUGGCAGACGGACCGGGGUGACAAGGUCCCCCUCGGUGGUCCGAAACUCAUGACCAGCUUUACCGCCGACGGGCAGCUCGACUUCGACCUCGUCGCGGAGCGAGACAAGAGAUUCGGCACCGACCACCAGCUCAAGAAGGCGUCGAGGAAAGACAUCCCGUCGCCCCGAGUACAUCCUGACGCGGACAUGGCCUGGUCGCCUUGA